CCGCGACCCAGCUCACCGACAUACCAACCGCUUCCCAACAGCUACCCAGCCUGCACCUCCGAGUACCUUUUCUCGCAAUAUUGGAAGCGGCACCAAAGCUGCGCGUCCGCCAGCAUGAAGCUCGUCAGGUUCUUGAUGAAAUGCUCGAACGAGACGGUCACCAUUGAGCUCAAGACUGGCACAAUCGUACAAGGCACGAUCGCCAGUGUCUCUCCGCAGAUGAACACCAACCUCCGCAAUGCCAAGAUGACUCCCAAAGGCGGUAGUCAAAUCAGCCUCGACCAUGUCUCGAUUCGCGGCUCAGAGAUCCGAUACUACAUUCUACCAGACUCGCUGCCGCUCGACACGUUGCUGAUUGAUGAUACGCCGAAGCCCAAGAACAAGGCGAGAAAGGAGCAGGACAGAUCCGCUGCGCCAGGUGGUCGAGGUGGUGGAAUGCGCGGUGGGAGAGGACGUGGCGGAUUCCGUGGCGAUCGUGGAGGCAGAGGACGAGGACGGGGUCGCGGAUUCUGAGCUGGUUCGUGAUGCACUUUUGGGACCACUGAGAGAGAUUGGAGUGGAAACUGGCGCGAUGCCAUGUGUCAGACUUGCGACCAUGCGCGCAUACAUGGUCGUGUGCUAGGGCUCCAUUUGUCGCGAGUAGGACGGAGUUCAGGCGCGGAACUGGUUCGCUCGAUUCUUUGCACGGCAAGAAUCACGGCGCGGCGAUGCCAUGAUGUACCAUAAGGACUCGAAAAACUGGUAUGAAACGAAUAUCAACCAUGACAUGAAC